AUGGUAAAGGCAACGCUCAGGUGCGCCAAUUGUGGGCGUGGCUCCGAAUAUGACGACGUGAAACACGAGAGAGGAAAAGAGGCGGGAGGUAUGGCUUGUGCCGACCAAUUCCUAGAAUAUUGACGGGUUCAGAAAAAAGCUUCAGUAACAGAUUCAACAUCAAGUCCGAGAAAAAAAUAAUUAUUUUUCCUAAUUUUUGGGUUUUUUUAAAGGUAACUAAAAACGACUUAGAUGCAUCUAUAAAAAAAUUAAUUUUUUUCAGUGUUUCGAAACCAAUAAUAAUAUUUUUUUCAUCUAAACAGCCAGAAAAAUUGUGAAAAUAAAUUUAUCAACGGCAGUGAAACUCUUGAUAGAAACAGUGAUAAUACUUUCCAAUACGAAAAUUUUCUACAAAUCACUUGAUACAUCUCCAAAGUAAUCUAGUCUGCCCAACUCUGUAAGAAUAAAUAAACUAGGUUUCCAGAAAUUUCAUCUGCAUGAGUAAUGAUUCGGGAUUUUUUCUGAACUGGUAGUUCUAUUUUGGUUGACAUUUGAAAAGUUUUUUUUUCUCGAACUUUUGGAUUUUUUUUAAUCCGUUGAAGAAGAGACCUAAUUCCAGACGCCAUUCAGUUUUUUCGAGUUUCAACUUUUAUUUGAAAAACUUCUCGUUUUUUGAAUUUCGGAAUUGCUUCAAUAAAGUUGGAAGCCUUCGUCAAUUUUUAUUUCGAAAACAUUUCCUACCAAAAAGGCGUCAUGAAACGGCUGUAAAAAGUGUUUACGUUUCUGAUUCUCCAAAUUUUUGAAAAUAGAAAUUCUUGUGGUUUUCUUCGAAUUCGGCAAUCUUCCAGCUUCUCAGUAAGGCUUCAUCUUGCGCUGCAGAAAAGGGGAAAAUAAUCAAGUGCAGCGUGAUUACACUAGUACACGGAGCGCGUGCACCUGUGUGGACAUGAGCCGUAAUUCAUAACAAAAGCCCUAAAAUAGUUUGCGCACCUGCAGUGGGAAGCUCACGAGAUUUGUGAGCAAUCAGCUAAUGAGGAUUAUUUUUAACAUAGUAACGUUCUGGGUUCUGAUUAAUGAGAUGGACUCCCUUGGGAAUCCGAAACAGAGCUCAUUAAUUUUUCACAUCACAAGGAUAGAACGAAAAUAUUGAAAGUCAUUAUUUCGAUACAAAUGUAUAGCUCUUGUCUAUCCAAAAUCACUAGAAGAAGCAUGAAAAAAGGUUUCAAAAUGAAUUUGAGAUUUUUUUCAGCCUUAACAGUCAUUUCAAGGGCUGUCAUUGUCUCAAAAAUAAUGUGAAUGCUUUUGAAAACUCGAAAUUUCGUAAACAGAGACAAAACGUUGGAAAAAUUCGUAGUUUCUCAAUUGUAAAUUUGUUACUCAAAACUAGAAAAAUCGCGUGAAAAAAAUUAUAAAUUUUGUUUCAAAGCAGGUAAAGCUUUGCAAACUUCAAAUUUUCAUUAUUGAUAUAAUUCGAACUUUUCUAAAUUGACAUAACUUCAUUAAAAAGUCCGAAUUAAAAAAGAAACUCAAUUUUUUGCAAUGCGAGGAUUAUAAAAGGCAUUUCAUGAAAAACCAAUAAAAAUCUCAACUUUCCCAGUAAAAGUUUUUUCUGCCAUAAGAACUUUUAGCGCAACACUCAGCUCUAAAAAGCACCAUCAAGCCUUCUUUCAACAAGCGGACGUUUCAUGGCGGAUUAUACGGUAUCGGAUGGCGCACUGUGCAAACACGCUGCCCCGUCAAAACGCUGAAAGGCGAACACGACGGCCAACAGGUCAACUAG